AUGGGCAAGAGACUUCCUCCAGAGAUCCUGCACCAUAUUGUAUACUGGGCAGACGGCAGUGUCAGAAAGAAGAUGCUGUUUUGCAAGGCGUUCAACCAUAGCGUGCUAGCUUUUCAAUACGCUGAAGCCAGCCUGCACAUCUUGGAAUCCGACCUCUCAAAGCUGUUCGACAUGGGACACUUCCUACGCACGUCGCUCAGCCCUAUUCAAGUACAGCACCUUGUUCGCGCAAAUAUUUACUGCCACCGCUUCCAGCGGGAAAAGCAGCUUCACGACAAGACGGGGUUCCUCGUUCCCCGAUCAAAGUAUUCUUACAACGUUGAAGGAAGAUCAAUUGUCGUGGCAGUUUAUGUCAGUCGCGACGAUUCGCAUGACCUGUUUGUGACGAAAGCGAGGAUCUAUCGAGACUACUUUGUCUCCGUUCUCAUUCCGUUGUGUCUGACCGGGGCACAAUUUGGCCUCGGGUUGUAUCAGACCACAUGGACCAAGAAGGCGAUAACGGACAGUAAGCUGUCGUUUGGGGCGAACCUUUUCUUUACCAUAGGAGCGGUUGCCAGCCUAGCCUUGAAAAUCGGUGGCCUCUGGAGGGCACGGGGACCAUUGGCCCCUGCCUUGCUCAGUUUCGUGAUAGGGUUUGUGCCAGUUUCUCUCUUGUUCUAUUUCUGCUCAAAAUCAUAA